UGACUGCCCUGUUCUUUAUUUUCUACCGUCGACAUGCACACGUCGUACGCAAGAUGCGCCUACGAGAGUUCGAUCCUGCCGUCCAGCCGCUCAAGUGCAUUUUCGGUGAAGUGGGUAGUGCGUUUAAUUUUUGUUUAUUUGUAAAAGUAGCGUCCGUCUCGGUUCGUAGUAUCGCGCGAAGAUACUCAGUGAAAAUUUGCGUGUGUGCUUUGGUAACGUGCGCCGUGGUACAGAUGGGUGCUUCGAUCAAACGAUAGAAAAAAAAACGGCCGUACCGGAACAAACAACAGCAACUGUCAUAUCCCCGGCUGCAAUCAAACAAAAUCCGAGGAAGCAAGCAAAACUUUCAACAGGGAAUCGUCGAUAGGCAACACUUCGAUAAUCAACAUGCGUCAAAUACCUGCUUUACUGCAAAGAGAUAAAUAACUUCACGUUUGCAUUUAAAGAGCAAUCAAUCGUAACAUCGAUCGAGCUGCCAAAGUUCAGUUUUUAAACACUGCAUCUUGAUGAGAUAUUCCGCUGUUGCAUACCGUCACGUUCGUGUGCGAUGAAAUCUCGUACACUACAUGACGAUAAGAACAACCCGAUGUCCACAUCCAUUAGGCACAGCUGAACUGAGUCACUGAGUCCCCCGAAACUGCUAAACGGUUGUAACGGUUCCGUUCAAUAACGCCGCAUGGCGUUAAACGCAACACCUUAAGACAGCGCAGUCUGGAUGUAUCGGUAGCGGAUUGUACGAUUGUUAACGAAACGCACGACUGAAGGCCUCUCUAGCACAUUAGUACAGCUAGGUGGUAAUACAUUAGAGUACCGCUGGAAGGCAUCAACACUUCAGCAGUAAGCGGACCCAGUGCGGGUUAAUCUUACUACAAAGGAAAAGCUGUAAAAUCGGCUAAAACCUUCCUAGCCUAAACAGGAUCGAUGGCAACCGAUAGCUAGUGAUUGUAGCAAUGGACCCAGCACCUGACCCUGGUGCUGCUGACAGGACGACAACGCACUUGUCACCGUGUUUAGCCGGGCGUGAUUAUUCGCCUAUCUAGGUGUUGGCAAUCAUCCUUCUUGGGACGCUACAGCGAACGUGAUAGUAAUGCUGGCAUCCCACAUUCUUCAACUGCUCAGGUGUAAGCAACAACUGCGUCAAUUUUAUAAAAGCAUUUCAAUUUCGGAACAACCAACACUGGUAAAGACGAAAGGGGGGAUAUGACAACGCACUGGUUCCUGCUAGUAUAAACCAACCAACGAAAUUCCUGCUAGUUAAAGCAACGGCAACACAUAUCUAUGCAAAACGCAAACCCGACGGUGUUACAGUGCAAUUCUUCAUCUUUACUGUGAAAUAAAUCUUCUCAAAAGGUACCCGCGAUCGCUUCGUUUGCUGAACAGCAAAAUAUAUAUAUAGGAAAAAAAAACCCAGAACGAACACGCUAGAUGGUGUAAGCAACCAAUGCUAAUCUUGAAAAGGUGAUAAGAACACGCAACUGGGCUCUGCACAGGUUUAGCACACACAUAGCGGACAUUAAACGACAGACUGUCUGUGUUUCGAUUUUCUGUUACGUUACGCAAAAGGGCACUGUAAACAAUGCGGUUAAUGUUGCGUGGUCGCAAGCUACUGUUUGCAAUCGGUGCCUGCCUGACCGUUCUAAUUCUGCUCUGGAAGUGGACGGACGUGCGUGCGGUUUGCUGGGGCGAAAAAAAUGCGCACAAUGCCGGUGUUAUGGUGCGGGAUGAUCAAAGUGUAAAUGGCGGGAACAACUAUCGAUAUCAUCGUAACAUGCCGCUAAUCUUUAUCGGUGGUGUGCCGCGUUCCGGUACCACACUAAUGCGUGCCAUGCUAGAUGCUCAUCCAGAAGUGCGCUGUGGACAGGAAACGCGCGUUAUACCACGCAUCCUUCAACUACGCUCACACUGGAUGAAAUCGGAAAAGGAAUCGGUACGGCUUGUCGAGGCCGGCAUCACGAAGGAGGUGCUAAACGGUGCUAUUGCUCAGUUCUGUCUAGAAAUCAUUGCCAAACACGGUGACCCCGCGCCACGGCUCUGCAACAAAGAUCCGCUCACGCUAAAGAUGGGCUCGUACGUGAUCGAACUGUUCCCGUCGGCUAAGUUCCUUUUCAUGGUGCGGGAUGGGCGUGCCACCGUGCACUCGAUCAUCUCGCGCAAGGUCACCAUUACCGGGUUCGAUUUAACCAGCUAUCGGCAGUGUCUAACCAAGUGGAACCAGGCGAUACAGACGAUGCACGAGCAGUGCAAGGAAAUUGGUAGCGACCGUUGUAUGAUGGUGUACUACGAACAGCUGGUGUUGCAUCCAGAGGAAUGGAUGCGUAAGAUACUACACUUCCUUGACAUACCGUGGAAUGAUUCGGUGUUACACCACGAGGAAUUUAUUAACAAGGAGAACGGUGUGGCACUAUCGAAAGUGGAACGUUCCUCAGACCAAGUCAUCAAGCCAGUAAACCUGGAAGCACUCUCCAAAUGGGUCGGCAAGAUACCUAGUGACGUUGUGCGGGAUAUGGCAGACAUUGCACCAAUGCUAUCAGUAUUGGGUUAUGAUCCAUACUCCAACCCUCCGGACUAUGGAAAACCGGACACCUAUGUGCAAGAGAAUACUUAUAAGGUUCGCUCCAACCCACUGAUGUGGGAGCAUCGGGCGAAAGAGCUUCUCCAUCGGGAAGCGAUGGCAGACAACGUACCACCAAAAGCGAAAGACACGGACGACGAUGAUUAUGGCGGCGGUAGCAGAGAUCGGAAAACGUGAUGAAAUACGCGGUGCUGUUAUGAGAAAUAAAUGUUAUACUAAACAAGCGGAUAGACUGCUACGUAUCCGUAGGCAAAAGAACAGUGCAAUAGCGGCAAGCGAACGCAUAAGCAUUAGAUUUUUAGGUUUUUUGUUUGUUUUUUAAAUACGAAAGCACUGCAAAACAUUUUGUAAAAAAAAUUUUUUUUUGCAGCUUUAAUUGUAUAGAGCCAUAAAUUGUAAAGGACAACUAUCAAAGAGGAACAUAUGUGCUACGUUUUAUAUGCGGGAAAAGGCCAUUGAACCAGAGCAGAGUGUACGGUUUUUUAGACAGAACCCGUAACCAUAUGUUAAAAAAGCAAGCUAGACAAAAUAUCUGACCAUACGAACGACAGUGAUUCGCUAUUAUAAUAGUUUAAAUUUUGUUUUUUUUCUUCGUUAGAGGCUUUAACAACCAUGUUCGGUUUAAAUGUUUGCCUCGGUUUUAUUCGUAUACGUUACUUAUGGGAAGAAGAAGAAGAAAAAACUUAUAGAAAACUCUUACUUUCAAGGGUUAUAUUUACCGCAAUCAUUUGAACCACCUCGUGCGUUUAAAUUUAUAUGUGCUAAGUAGUAGAAUAAUCAGUGUAACGUACAGUAUAAAAACAAGCAACAGCACAACGUACGAGCCCCAGCAUAGGAAAAUGGACGAUUCAGAAGGGUGAAUCCUCUUACAACUUUAUUACAAAUAUGUAAUUGUAUAGUCAAAAGUAUCCCUCCGCCCUUGUAAAAUAGGGGUAGCUGGUAGAGUAGGAUAAUUCAAUGCAAAUAGAGUAACAAAAGAGGGAAUAUAAAAUACAGACAGCAAAUUAAUAAUUAUAUAACAAUCAGUGGUAUGCUGGGUGUUGUUCGUUUCGGGGAAUCGUCACCACUUCUUCACAGCAAAAGACCGUAUAACAAAGACUUUCUUUGGAAAAGCCUAAUUUCGGUCUGUCUUUAUCGCUACCUCCUCUUGGCCUACUUUUUUUCUAGUUUGCUGGAAAGCAAUAUGAGUACAAUAAUAAAAAAGGCAUAUAGAAAAUAUUUUUGUUAAAAUUAUGAAGAAAUUAUUAUUGCCUAAAUAUCUGUUUUCAUUUAUAAAAUUAACCGUCUAUUGCAAUAACACAUCGAUCGUACUAGAGUAUGUUAGAUUAUUUUGCAACCGACAACGUACAAUUUAUUUUCAAAACUUGUGUGAGAAAAUCAAUACAAACAAACAUCCAACAUACCACUGAAUUUAUACUGCGCCAAUACAGUGAUAUAAUUAAACAUUUCACAUUGUAAAAAAAAACAAGUAUAAAGGAACGCAAAUUUCAAUCAAAAUACAAGAAAUGUAAUGCUAAGGAAGGGUAGUAUCCCGCAAACACUAUUAUUUGCGACAGUUUGUUCGUCCAAUGCGGACGAUAUGUGUGAUAGGGAGUAAGAAACGAAUGAUGAUGGAAAAUCAGUGUGCAAUGGAAACUUAGAUACACUUUCUUCGAAAAAGGAAAACAAAUACCCCAGUCUUGAUGUGAGUCUUGGGCGCUUUAUCACUGGCCAGCUGCCAUCCCCCCCACCCCCCUCCCGCCCCCAAAAACGCAAUCGCAAUAUGCAAACGUACAACGCAAAACAAUAACUUUACAAAUAGUGAAUACGCGCACAUCUUAUAUUAGCUUACUGAAUAUACAUCGUUCAUGUACAAAUGCAUGUAAAAACUAGACAUAUAUAUAUAUAGGUGAGGUAACACACAGGUGAGGGUAACAUCUUUGAGAUGUUUGCGGUAGGGUUAUCGAGCAUUAUACAAUUUUGAGCAUACAGCCAACCCAAGGUGGGGAAAUCCAAAAUAUAAAUCACAAUAGAACAACGGCAAACAAACAAAACUGACUAACGUAGGUUAUGGUCUAUAAAGGAAGUCCGCCAUUUGCAAAAAAAAAAACAAAACAAAAACGACUUGAAGGAUUGCAACAGGACCGUACGACACGAACACGUUACAUACAAAAACCAUCACAGCAGUACUGUUGGUGUACGCAAACUUAAUUAACGAAAAACGCUUACGCCUGGAAGCGGCCCCGACACAACUUUGUACAUAUUGCAUGUAUGUGUGUAUGUUGUUAACUAUUAUUUUAAAACCAUUGAUGUCACUGCAAGGCGAUUAUGGAACGCAGAAGAAGAAAACAAAAGAAAACAAAAAACAUAUAUUAUACAAUGAAUCGUAACUAUUUCAUUUACCUUACGCUCCUAUAUUACACCAUUGGCUUGAAAGCAUUGGAAGCCAAAUGGGAAACUUUUAUUGUAUAGUUCGUUAUGUCUCUCAACUUACACAUAUUCGCUGUAUUGUACUUUUUUACUCUUUUUUUUGUUUGCAUGCAUGUUAUCUGCUACUUAGUUGUUUUCUUUACGUUAAACAUAAUAAUAAUUUUACGUUCCUAAACCACAUUGAUUUAUGGAUGUUAUGAAUGCUAGUGCUUCAAUUCAACUGUUCCGUGGUAGCAGUAUCAAAAAUAUAUAAAUAUUUUUGUUACAGUUCCACCUAGAAAAAAUGUUUCAAAACUGAUGGUUUUUUACAAGCAACAUUUCUGUUAAACAUCAGUUUUGUUUUUGGCAUUGUAGGAUGAAAUAUUGUAGUAUAUUAUGAAAUAAUAAACAUUUAGAAGCAGAACAUUUUAAAAAAACGA